AAGGUGAACAAUGAGACCAUACCAUUUGUAUAUAUGUGGUUGGAAGUUAGGCAGUGAUAGGCUGAUAACGGCAGCACUAGCUACUAAUUUCACUGUACUUCAUCUUGCACUUCCGGGACUAGUGAACACUCUCCACCUAAAACAGCAAUGGCGGCGGCACGAGUCAUGGUAUCAGCCAGCAACACUUUAACCGCUUCGCUCCUAUCGAAAGGUCCCUUGCGAAGGCCCAAUAGUUUCACUCUUUCCUUCAAAAACGGAACGGCGCAAAAGAGGCGUAUUUUCACUUGCAGUGCAAUCUAUAAUCCCCAGGUUCAGGCUAAAGAAGAAGGACAGCCCGAAACCCUAGAUUACCGCGUGUUUUUCACCGAUAAUUCCGGCAGAAAGAUAUCCCCCUGGCAUGACAUACCACUGCAUUUGGGAGAUGGCGUUUUCAAUUUUGUUGUUGAGAUCCCCAAAGAAUCAAGCGCAAAGAUGGAAGUUGCUACAGAUGAGCAACACACUCCAAUUAAACAAGACACGAAGAAGGGGAAACUUCGAUACUAUCCAUACAAUAUUAACUGGAACUAUGGAUUGCUUCCUCAAACAUGGGAAGACCCUUCUUUCGCGAACUCUGAAGUUGAGGGGGCAUUUGGUGAUAAUGACCCUGUUGAUGUUGUUGAGAUUGGGGAAAACCGUGGCAAAAUUGGCCAGGUUCUGAAGGUCAAACCUUUAGCUGCUCUGGCAAUGAUUGAUGAAGGAGAACUUGACUGGAAAAUAGUUGCUAUUUCACUAGACGAUCCAAGAGCAUCACUUGUUAAUGAUGUUGAUGAUGUAGAGAAACAUUUCCCGGGCACUCUCACAGCAAUCAGGGACUGGUUUAGAGACUAUAAGAUACCUGAUGGGAAACCUGCCAAUAGGUUUGCUCUUGGCAACAAGCCAGCAAAUAAGGAUUAUGCUCUUAAGGUUAUUACAGAAACCAAUGAAUCUUGGGCAAAGUUGGUCAAGAGAUCAAUCGCUGCUGGUGAGCUUUCACUUGUAUGAAUGCCGAUUAAUAGAGAGCUUGAACCAGCUAGUGUUCCUGCUUGUAACCUAAACUAGGAGUGGCGAAUGUCCCCAGAAUUGUACUCUUCGCUUCUGAGGUGGAAGUCGAUUCAUAUUCUUGUGAUGUUUUUUUGCUCAAAAUGUUACUGUUUUUCUAUUUUUAAUCAUCCAUAAUUUUGCUCAUGCAAUAGCGCCUUUUUAAGUUAUUCAGAACGAAAACAGGUGUAUUGAUAUAUGAAUUGGUUUUUGUUCUCCAA